CGGGGCCGGUCGCUCCCAGCCUGCGCUCUGGAGAAGCCGCCUAGGAGUGCGCGCUGCCCGUUAUGUGCACAGGACUCCACGGGAGCUGCCCUCCCCGUGACGUGCGAGAACUUUCCGCCAAUGGCGCGCGGGCAGCCCCAAAGGGGCGAGGCUCGCUCCCCUCCCUCCCCUGCGCUCCCCUCACCCUCCCACUCCCGGUGCGGGCCCGGGCGCGGCUCAGCUGCUCAGCGGCUCCCGGGCGGGCCGGCCCCGCUCCCCUCCAGCUCUCCUCCGGCUCCCCUGGCUGCGCCGAGAGCUGCAGCGCGAGCCGGCCUGCUUCCCAGCCAACCCGAGAGCUUUCGGCUCUUCGGUGGCUGCUACCUGUCUGCCCUGGGCGCCUAUGCGGCUCGGGGUCUCAGGGCAGAGAUCUCCCCCACAUUCGGAACCAGAGCCCAGAACGCCCACUGAGACAGGCACGGACAGGCACACAUGCACCCCGACAGACAUGCUCAGACUUAUACGGAACCACAGCACCAACACUGAGACACACCCGUCCAGCGCACCGACCAGCGCGCGCGCGCGCGUACAGAAACCGACAAACACAAAGUCACCCCUGUCCAACACUGAGACGCCGCCAGAAACCAGCACAGAAGCGCCUAGAAGCUCCCACACAGAAAAGUAAACAACACACAAACGCUCACUUUGGAGGUAUGCGGAGCGCCACAGACACGGACGUCCCCAUCCAGAUAUAUCAUCCUGGCCAUAGCACGGAGAACAAAUUGGAAAGGGGCAAGAGUGGAGACAGAGAUGGAAGAUGUUGGGGCCUGGAUCUGAGCAACAGUGGUGGACACAGAGAGAAGGGAACAGAUGCCAGAGGUCUUAGCUGGUUUUAAGCUGAAGUUGUCACACUGGAGUUUUCCAAUGUAUGUUUUAUGUGAAGAGUUCUGCGGUUGAAUAAGGUUGGGGAACCCUGCCAGCUUCAGCCCCGUCUGGAAAAGACCAGGUGUAAAUGAGCACCCCAAAGAUUCUGAGAAGGCCUCCAGGAAAGAGGCAUGGUUACCUUUUAUGAACAGAG